CGGAUUCGCUCCUCCCCGGACGGGGCGAGAUGGGGAAGUUCCGCCCAGCCUCCGGGAGACUGCCCCGCCCCCUUCCUGCCCGACUAGCGGGGCUGGAGGGCAGAUCCGCGGUUGUGAGGUUGCUUGAAGAGGAUCAUGCCUCUGUCCGUGCACCCCCAAGUGGCCUUAGGCUUGUUCGUAGGCCUGGUGAGUGUCUUGUCUUUCCUGAUGGACCUGACCGCUGACGUGUGGGCCGUCGUCCAGUACAUGCUCGUUGGCCGUUACCUGUGGGCCACGCUGGUACUGAUCCUGUUGGGCCAAGCCUCCGUGCUGCUGCAGCUCUUCAGCUGGUUCUGGCUGACGUCUGACCCCAUCGAACUGCACCAGUACCAGCCCUCGCGUCGUUUCCUGGCUCUGCUGCACCUGCUGCAGCUCGGCUACCUGUAUAGGUGCCUGCACGGAAUCUAUCAAGGACUGUCCAUGUGCUACCAGGAGGUGCCAUCUGAGUGUGAUCUGUCCUAUGCAGACUUCCUCUCCCUGGACAUCAGCAUGCUGCGACUUUUCGAGAGCUUCUUGGAGGCGACGCCACAGCUCACACUGGUGCUGGCUAUUGUGUUGCAGAGUGGCCAGGCGGAAUACUACCAGUGGUUUGGCAUCAGCUCAUCCUUUCUGGGCAUCUCGUGGGCACUGCUGGACUACCAUCGGUCCUUGCGCACCUGUCUUCCCUCCAAGCCACGCCUGGGCUGGAGCUCCUCCGCUGUCUACUUCCUGUGGAACCUGCUGCUGUUGGGGCCGAGAAUCUGUGCCAUUGCCUUGUUCUCAGCUUUCUUCCCCUACUUUGUGGCCCUGCAUUUCCUCAUCCUGUGGCUGGUACUAUUGUUCUGGGUCUGGCUUCAAGGCACAAAGUUUAUGCCCGACUCCAACGGUGAGUGGUUGUACCGGGUGACGGCUGCUCUCAUUCUUUAUUUCUCUUGGUUCAACGUGUCUGGGGGCCGAACUCGAGGCCGGGCCAUCAUCCACCUGAUCUUCAUCUUCAGUGACAGUGUUCUGCUGGUCAUCACCUCCUGGGUGACACAUGGCACCUGGCUGCCCAGUGGGGCAUCAUUGCUGAUGUGGGUGGCUAUAGGAGCAGCCUGCUUCUUCCUGGGACUGACUUUUCGUAUGUUCUACUACCUCUGGCUGCACCCGAGCUGCAGCUGGGAGCCUGACUUCGUGGAUGGGGCCCUAAGACUCCUUCCUCCCCAGCGUCCUCCUAAGCAGAUUUAUAACAGGCGCGCCACUCAGUUAGCAGAGAACUUCUUUGCCAAGGCCAAAGCUAAGGCUGUCUUGACACAGGAGGUAGAGCUGAAUGGAGUCCUCUGAGGCAGGGUCCUGAUUCAGCCAGUAAGGAAGAUAAGGAGAGUGGGGCCUUGCAAGGGACAAGGGGACCAAUCACAUGCAAGCCAUUUUUUCUUCUCCAACUGAUGUCAGCAAAUUCCCAGUUGUUUGCUGUUCUCACCUCUCAGGUGACUGGUGGUGUCCUCGUUCCUGGUUCCUAGUUCCCUAGCCCGCUCUUGAUGACACAGAUUCUGGGAGAUGUUCUUGAGAACUCUUCCCUACCCCAUCUGUUCAGGUCAGCUAACAAAUGCUGAAGGCACUUUAUGUUCUGGGAACAUCAUCCUGACUUCUGAACUGCCUGCCACCCUAGCUUCUUUCCCUGCCCACCUGGAAAAAUUCUGGGUAGACUCCUAAACAGCGAGGCCAGAGAUUGCCCCUCCAGUGUUCCGAUGGAUGCUCAGCACUGAGGUCACCUUUACACCAAGUGCCUUAUGAACCUGUGGUCUAGGACAUGUGGUGCCCAUUGAGCAUUUUUCAUUCUCCUACCUCAAUCUAUAUGAAAGAAGAACAUGUGUGCAUGUGUUUAACAGUAUUAAAAACCUCAUGAGAUUCUCUAAACCAGGAUGUACCAUUAAUGCAGUCUAUCACCCUUUACAGAUACGUAGCAGGGUCCUGGAACUCCUUAAAACUGACACAGACCCCUGGCAUACAGAUGUGGGCCAUAGGUUUGACUUAAUUUUGUUUCCCAAGACUUAAUUUUGUUUCCCAAGUGAGCCAGAGUGGGUUGCUCAUUUGGCUGGCAGAACUCAUGGGUAGACGUUAGUGCAUUCUCUUAGCAGCUCCGUACUGAGCGUAAAGAGAACAUAGAAUCUUUAGGACGGGGAAGCAGGUUUGAGGGGCUGGGUAGAAGGUAAAGUACUGGGGGCCCUUUUUGGGUGAGAGGUGUGGUGGCUUCUGGGAUGUGAUCAAUAGUUCUGUGGAGAUGGGGUGUUCUGCUCUGGGAGGUUUGUGGUCUGAUGGAACAGGGUACAGGAGAAAAGUACCAGGGGCAGAAGCAAAGGUUCUAGGUCCCAGUGCUGGGAUCCAAGAUAGUUCUACCAGUCAUUCAUUUUCUUUGUGUGGAGGUGUAAUAAACUGUGACUCAAACAGGCACCAUCGUGCCAAGUGUUGAAAGAAAAACAGAUGGAGAGGUGAGAGGGAAGAUGAAUGUUGUGGGUGGAAGUGGCAGCUUUAUAAAGAACCAUUAGAGAAGACCCCUCUGAGAAACUGAGUCAUUGACCGUGAACUACUUCAGCAAUGGCUGCAGCCUGGAGUCCCUGAGUGGUAUGUUGGAGAAGGAAUCUGCAAAUGCUGUUUCCUGUGGAACACGAGAGGACUGUCGGGUGCUGUUGGCUCACAGUUAAGGAGGCUGCAGAGAUGCAGGUACUAAAAAAUGUACAGGCUGACUAUUAUGGAGAGAAAAGACCUAGUGAUUUCCAGACCUGAAUUUUACAGACCAGUAAAAGGAGCCAAAGUAGUUGUUGAUGUUAAAAGGGCCUGAAAAACAAUCGCCACCUCUGUCAUCACUAUGUCAUGAAAAGACAGAUGUAAUUACAUCAGAAGACAUCAUUCUAUAAACAGAUGCCUCCAGAGGUACACA